AUAAAAAUAAAAAAAAAAAAUAAAAAAAGAAGACUAUUCUCUGUAUUUUUUUCCUUCUUUUGAUUUUCCUAAAAAGUGUUUGGAAAGAAAGAAAGAAAGAAAGAAAAUCAAACGCUAAACACUUUUUCAUUUUCUUCUUUCAAAGAUCGAAUCAAUCUGACCUAAUCUAACCUUCAAUCUCAAAUCUCAAUCGGAAUCGGAAGCUCCACUGAUAGUCGAUGAGCUCUACUUGAAAAAAAGAAAACACAUAAGUUUUUCAACAACAGCGAAACCUCAAUUACUAUGGGUCAAGCUUUUCGCAAGCUUUUCGAUGCUUUCUUUGGUAAUACCGAGAUGCGAGUUGUAAUGUUAGGCCUGGAUGCAGCUGGUAAGACUACCAUUUUGUAUAAGCUGCACAUUGGAGAAGUUUUGUCAACUGUUCCCACAAUUGGUUUCAAUGUGGAGAAAGUACAGUAUAAGAACGUAAUAUUCACUGUUUGGGAUGUUGGCGGUCAAGAGAAGCUAAGGCCGCUAUGGAGGCAUUACUUCAAUAACACAGACGGCUUGAUAUAUGUUGUUGAUUCCUUGGAUCGAGAGAGAAUCACAAAAGCAAAGGCAGAAUUUCAGGCCAUCAUCAGCGAUCCAUUUAUGCUCAACAGUGUCAUCUUGGUGUUUGCCAACAAACAAGACAUGAAAGGAGCAAUGUCACCAAUGGAAGUAUGCGAAGGACUUGGCCUCUUCGAUCUCAAAAACAGAAAAUGGCACAUUCAAGGGACAUGUGCACUCCGUGGAGAUGGACUUUAUGAGGGCUUGGAUUGGUUGGCCGGGACACUCAAAGAGAUGAGAGCUGCCGGAUACUCUUCAGUCGGCACUUCAUCAUUCUAAUUUCAAGGUUAGUCUUGAGCAAAGGGGGCAAUUUUCAAUUGUUAAAAAGCUGAAAGAAUCAACCUUUUGCACGCUGAGAAGUCUUGACCAAAUUUUUUCUUAGAUUUGAUUUAGAGGCUAAUGACCGUUCACUAGGUGGCUUUUUCGGUUUUUUUUCCUUCGCCUUACAUGGUGGCACUCGAAGUUGAAAGAAAACUUUCUCCGAUGUAUAUUUUUUCGUUUUCGAAGAUUUGCAGGAUGUCUUUGAUAAAAAAAAUAUAAACCUACAAAUACUAGGAUUUAUGUAUGCUUAUAUGAUGCUCAACCCUCAUAUAUGCAUAUAUUCCUAUACAUAAAUAUAUACAUGGGAUUGAUGAUGGAGUAGUA